CUCUGUGUAGGUUUCAACAUCGCUGUUGUCUCUUCACUUCAUCAAGAAUAUCUCGACGCAAUCAUUACAACCAUGUCUUACUUACAAGGAUCGUUUGAAGAUCGCUGUCGCACCACAGGUGCACCAAGCCAUCUCUCAUACUUCACAGCAUCCAUCUCUAUCCUACUCCUAGCCACAAAUAUCCCUGGUAACCUCCUCUUAAUCCUCGCUGUCGCUUGCGAUCCUCAUAAAAAUCUCCGGAGCCCCUUCAACUAUCUCAUGUCAAAUUUAGCCAUAGCUGACCUCAUAGUAGGCUUGGUAACUGGACCGUUAUCUGUCAACUACCACAUUAAGGAGGGUCUGUACGGGCAGCUCUCCACAGCAGAGAUCAGACUGUUUCAUAUGAGUUAUUUUAUCUCAUGUACAGCCAGUAUACUCAGUCUUGCGUCUCUCGCAACAGAGAGGUAUUUAGCAAUCAGGAAUCCACAUAACUAUCGAACCAAACUGACAGGCAAGAGAAUCCUUGCAACAGUUAUUUCAGUAUGGCUUAUAGCUCUGUCUUUGCCUUUCAUCUACUUCGAGGUGGGUUUCAUCACAUGUGCUUUUAUCUUGGCUAACACUACUGUGUUUCUAGCCGUGGGGAUAAUGUGUUUCACCUACGGACUCAUGAUAUGGAAGUUUAAGAAAGAUAAAACUCGCUUUCAGAACGUGACGAGGUCGGAACGCGAGAUGGAAAGAAUACAACGAGUCGUCAGUAAUGAUCGUCAUGACAAGAGCCGCCAUCACGUCAGCAGUCGCCAUGACAAGACAGUUCGCAUGGAAACCAGGGUCACGAAGAUGUUUUUGGUUGUCAUGGCAGCGGUGCUCGGUUGCUAUGGACCGUCUGCCAUCUUGAUUUACACAAUGAGUUUCUGUGAAACGUGUAGCUGCGAAUCUUUGCAUUGGUUUAGAGACUUACAAUGUUUGUUGGUCCUCCUAAACUCGUCUGUCAAUUUCUUUUGCUAUGGAUUACGAUCGCCAAGAUUUCGUCAAGCGUUUGUGACGAUAUUGAGGCUGCCAGGGCGCAGGAAGUCGGCAGAAAAAUCUGUGUCAACCUCAACACCUUCCGAGGAAAGUCAAGCCGUGAGAAAUAUCACAUACAAUCAGAAAACUUGUACAGAUGUGUAGACGUUUGCAAGAUGGCGAACAAUUAUUUUGCUGGUGAUGAAGAAUUAUGACGUCACGAAUUAUGACGUCAUACACACAAAUGACGCAUUUUGCGCAUCAUCAUUAAAUAUGUAAAUAGAGUAACAUAUUUUUAUUUUGGGGUUUGAGUUAAUUUUCUUUCAUGUUAAUUUUGCGCUACGAAUUUUGGUAUGGGAAUGCUUUGGCUACGCAGCCCCAUGGCAAAACUUAAAUAUUAUUAAAUAUACACCCCUCCCCCUCACGUAUUCUUUAACGCGUAAAACACAACGGCGUUCACUUAAUGCUGUACUCUGUAUGUUAUUUUCAAAUUUUUCAGUGGUGGAAAUUACUUCUGAAUUAUGACUUAAAACGGAAUAAAUAAACUAAAAAGCGCGCUGCCGGUGAACUUACAAUUAUAUCAAGUUUUAAUGAAAAAAUGGUUUUUCAUCUUACUGACUCAACUGGACAUGCUUGAUGAUACAUUCUUCAUCGACGGCAGAUAAUGAUAGAGUUAUUAUAAAGCAUAGACUUAGUACGGUUCAUUCCAGAGCAUAUUUUACAGUGGGUGGCGGGGACCAAGAUUAGGGCCCAGUGUGGAUUUUGGCCACUCAAGGUAAGGUUAAGGCCCCAGUCCGAUCUAGUGGAGCCUGGGGGGCCAAAUGCCCCUCCUCCCCCAAGUGUAUAUAUGUUAAAAUAUGCCUUGGUUUGUUCAUAUUUUUGUCAGUGUUAAAUAUAGUGAAUAUGAAGGUCUAUAUACGAUAUAUGAUUUGUAGUUCAACAGAUUACGUAAUUCCGGUUGACGUAUAGGAGAGCAAGAUAGAUGAAACUUUAAUAAUAUUAACAUGAAGUUAAUUCCAACUGAACAAACACAUGCAAAGUGAGUUUGCGACAGGAUAACGUAUAUACUAGGUAAGAAAAACAUUUAAUACUUUUUUACUUUAAGUCCAGAGCUGAACACUGCCAGCUAAGCAGGCUAAAUAUUGAAAUGUCUCUCAAAUUGUUACAGGAGCUAGAUGCGCGUUUGUAAGAAAAACAUUUAAUACUUUUUUACUUUAAGUCCAGAGCUGAACACCGCCAGCUAAGCAGGCUAAAUAUUGAUAUUGAAAUAUCUCACAAAUUGUUACAGGAGCUAGAUGCGCGUUUGGGGGCUUUGAUUAUUUCAAUAUAUUAAAACAUAUAUGCAUGGGUAUAAAGAAAUGUAGAAAUAAUGUGUUGUGGUAAUAUCGCUCAACUAUAGAAAGCAAACUUACGGUCUAUUAACAAUAAAAUAUUUUCA